GACUCAUGAUCACAGCAAGCGUUGCCCACGACUCUCGACCUAACCAUUUUUUGCUGUUCGCGCUAGGAAAUACACCUGAAGAUCGUGCUGCUGAAAGGCUUAGGCUAUUCUUCCACAAGUGUUCUUGAUUACACUCCCUUCUCUGCAACAUCAUCCAUGUAAAGAAUCUGAAUCGGAAGAUUGAAGUAGGACAUGAUUCCUUCAUCAAGCCCAGGACCCUUUGCUACCUUUCAGACCGACGUAUUUACUUCUCAAUCACCAGCCGACUUGCUGGUCUUUUUAAAGGAUGUUCUCAAGAAUAUCGACCAAGACAGGCGCACUCUCCCCGAAUUCAGUCGCCGGACGAGAUGGAAGCAACUACUCCAAGGCCUUUCACAAAUAAGCUUACGCCAUUUUCCAUCACCUAACGAGCUUCCAUGGGAAACCCUGCAUGAGAGGGUAGCCCUGACAGAGAAGGCGUUCGAUAUUAUCGACAAGUUAUCAGACAUACCUGACGACUUUAUUGUGCUUUCUGGACAAGAUGUUGGAAGAGAUGUCUUUAUAUCUUUAUUGUCUACCACCGUCGCACUAGAAAGUCGGCUCGAUAUCGCCGUUCCUUUCGACCCAGAAUAUCCGAAUCCUGAAGUACUACAUGCCAGGGCGAGGAAGGCUUGCGCUCAAGUCCUGCGAUGUAUGGGAGGUGCAUGUAAGGUAGCGGAUACAAGCAUACCUUUGUCCAGCUGGCUUUGUUUGAGAGAUAUCUUAGUGGAGUGUCUCACUGUUUGUGAUGACCUGUUAAAUUCAUUACCAACGGCGACAUAUCCUUUGUAUCUGACAUUCUUCGAUCCGCCUCGAGUUUGCGAAAUACAACCGCACGAUUCGAAGGAACGAUCCAUAGUCAUCGAAUCUUUAGCUGCAAUACCUGGACUGCUAGCAACAAUCCUGGAAUUUAUCGUGAAAGCUCUUGCUCCGCCGGCAGUGUCGCAAUGGUAUAUGAUCAAUGUAGUCCGACAAGCAAUUCCGACGUGCCGUCGCGUUUUCGAGUUCUUGCUCUAUGCACCUUCUUCUGUGGCUGACGUACAACGGAUUAGAGCUUUGACACGCAUUGCUACCUCUAUCACCGAGAUCGCACAAGAGGCCUCAUAUUUCAGAGAACUUGCCAACUAUUUGCGUCAUGAACUCCUCCUUCGUCGAGUUCAAUUUGGUCCAAAUACAGUAUGGGAUGUAGCUGAUGCAAAGCUUUGCGACGUCUAUCAGUCUUCGCUGGAUAUUUCUUCAACGCUUGCCGAUGUGCGGGCCAUCAUUACAGCCCUAGAAAUGCAAGCCUGGAAGGAGACAGAUAUCGGAAUACCGAGACCCGCGACCCUAUAUCUUAAACGCUGUAUACCUCAUCUGGACGAGGAAACUGUACGAAACCUAAAGGCUGCAAUGUCAACACAUGUGGUUAGGGGCGAAUAUGCAGAGGUUUUUGAAGCGAUAGAGAACAAACUGGGAGCCUCCGCUUUGAUGAGUAUCGAGCCCAUUGCUCUGAUACCGGAUUGGAGACAACUUAUGAGGAUUCAUGUACAACUCAUGGUUGAACCUGCCGAGUUGAAUUGGAUGGAUGAUGGUGACACGUUGUCCGAGUUUCAGUACAUCAGCCGGGCUCUACAGCAAAUUGAAACCCGGUUUGAAGAUCCACUCUACAACCCAUCUAGUGCUGCGCGAAUUUCUCUAGCUCAGCAACUUGGACAACUUGCGUGCCUCAUCACCCAUGAUGCUAAUACUCCAUGUGCAUCCGCGAUCCGGAAGGUGGGCAUUUCAACGAUGAGUGUCUGUUUGCGCAUUGCCACUAUCGUUCUGGACGGUUCCUCGCAAGAAGUCACUCCUUUGGUUCGAAAAGCUGUUUUUAGUGCCUUGGCUCGCAAUGUCAUACAUCAUACCGAGACUGUCGCAGGAAGGAGCUUAGAACAUGCGGCAGAACUUGUCAUGCGCUCAUUGAAGGAUCCAGAGAGGAGUGUACGGCUCAGUGCGGGACGGUGCUUUGCAGAGCUCGUUCGGCUCUUUCAAGACUCCGUCGAAGAGGCGAAUCAUGUUGAAGCUCUACUUAGUGCCUUGAUGCGGAUAUGUCGAUUACCGGAUACUCGGCUGAGGGAGACAGCCCUUAUAACAGUUUCCUAUGUCGGAAAGUUGGCCAAUCCAGAACUCCUGGGACAACUUCUGUUGUUCCUGGUUACUUACCUAGGAGACCCGAAUCCGAUCAUUCGAGGAGUUGCUUGGACGCAGAUGAAUGCUUUGUCGGACCACCACAAAACACUACCUUAUCAAUUUCUUCAGCCUUAUAUGCCGCAAAUUGCGCCGCAUAUAGUAGCCAGAUUUUGCACCGAACCUCUGGCACUUUCGGAGAUUGCACGAUUCCUAUCACUAGCUUCGCCAACGGAUUUCCUUCGCGUCACCUUAGAACAUUCGCUUCCUUCCCUUUAUGCAACGUUGAACGCAAAGGCAAUCGAAGCCGUUGGAAAGGAAUUGGGGGAGACACCUGCGCUCACCCUUCAUAAUUACGGUCCCCACAUAUUGGCCCAUGCAUGCCUGCUCCCGGGUGGAAAUAGCAGCAAGGCUAUAUCGUUUAUUCAAGCCACCCUGAAGGAGUGCAAUUCCGAAGCUACUAUACGUUCUUUGGCUUCUGGCUACAAGACAAGAACUCUGGUCAAGUUCGUUAUUGCCAUGGGUGAAAAAGACGAUCAGGCUGCUGACAGAGCCACCCAAGCGAUCUGGAGAUAUAGUCGUAUCCUGGAUCCAACAGCAUCCAACGACAUCCAGCACGAAGCAUCUACACUUUUGGGCGAGAACCUGCUGGGGAUUCUCACAGAUUUGACCAAUCUACUUCAAGGUAAACAGAUCCCCACCUUCAGGUUACAACUCGUACGAUGCUGGGGCCCUUUCAUCCGCUGCCUCGGUCCACCGAUUGCCAACGUGGGACCUCAGAUAACAGCGACACUACAGACACUACUCGGGGUUUCCGAAUAUGCCGAGAUCACGAUGUCGACCUGGUACACCUUCUUGACCACCCUAAAUCCCGGCGAUGUUGGUGCCUUCGUCGGAACAACUACGUCGACAUUUGUCACCUCAUGGACAUCUCUUUCACCCCUCGCGCGUGAGCGUGCAAAACAAUGCGUCGACUACGUAUUGUUUGAUAUAGGGGACCAUUUGGAACAAUACCUCAGCGAUGUAGCUGACCUGGAGGAAAUCCCUGAUCUGGCUAUUGCCCAGCGACGAUUGAUGGAUUUACGUAGCAACUGGACUCCCGCUCGCAAGAUGGACCUUAUGCUAGAGCGUGUGGCAAGCAACAACGUAACAGUUGCAACGAGGGCUGUGGAUGAGCUGAAGAUGUUCAUUGUUGCUGAAGACGACUUCAUUCGAAAUCUCUUAACAGGAGACCUUUUUGAUCCACAAAUGGGCCGCGUCUUGACCUGUCUCGUAACGGCCGCAAGUCGGGAUGAAGAUGAAGCAGCCACUCUGCGUUCCCAUGCCCUCGAAUGCAUUGGAUUACUUGGAGCAGUUGAUCCAGAUCGAUUGGAGCCAGAGACGAACGAUUCCCGUCUUCUUGUUAUGCACAAUUUCAUGGACGAGGAGGAGACUGUCACGUUCUCCCUGCAUCUGAUUCAGGAUGUUUUAGUCGGUGCUUACCGUGCUGCAAGCGACGCGAAAUACCAGGGUACUUUGGCAUACGCAAUUCAGGAGUUACUGAAGCAGUGCAAGUUCUCUCCAACCUUGAUUGAAGGGGGUCCGCGAGGUUCUGCUCCCAUGAAAGUUCGCAACAGAUGGCGUGCUCUCCCGAAAAUUGUCAUGGAGGCCUUGAUUCCACUGUUACACUCGCGCUACUCCGUCAAUCCCAAGGAAGAACCAUGCACAACACAUCCUUUUUACCCAGGGAAAUCCACCUAUCGCGAAUGGAUUCAGUCAUGGGCGACCUGUCUGAUCAGCAAAGUGUCUGGUGAACGCGCUCGAUCUAUCUUCACAUUGUUUUCCACGAUUGUUCGCAACAAAGACGUUGGGGUUGCUUAUCAUCUCCUCCCACACCUCGUUCUCAGUGUGCUGCAAAGUUCACCUGGGGAUGCUCCACAGUAUAUUCGUGACGAGCUAAUUGCAGUGCUGGAAGAUCAAAUAAAUCCGCAAAGCACGUCCAGUGUCGACAAGCAAGCACUCAGUGCGCAGACUGUAUUCAUGGUCUUGGACCAUCUCAAUAGAUGGGUCCGACUCAAAAGGCAGCAAAUUAACUCCCAACGGAGUGAGCGCAAGCGUACUCGCCUUUCGCAUGAUAUCAAUCAGGAUGAGCAAGAGCUGCUGCGAGUUGACUCAAUAUUGACUAGCAUAGACCAGAGCCUGAUGGCAAAAGCUGCUCUCAGGUGCAAAGCGUACGCACGUGCAUUAAUGAGUUUUGAGCAGCAGAUUGUCGUCCAGCUAGGACACUAUCAUACUGCGUCGACUGCAAUGCAAACCCAGUAUGAACAGCUGCAUGAAAUCUAUGCGCAUUUGGACGAACCCGAUGGCAUGGAAGGCAUCUCUACUCUUAUCCUCUCCCCUUCUAUUGAGCACCAGAUCCGUCAGCACGAGAGUACAGGAAACUGGACAUCUGCUCAGAGUUGCUGGGAAGUACGGCUUCAGCAAUCACCAGAUGAUCUAGCUUCACACUUGGGAUUGCUUCGAUGUCUGAAGAAUUUGGGUCACUACGACACAAUGCGGACGCACGUGAAAGGAAUCCUUACACGCUAUCCUGCUUGGCAACCUGAUUUACUAGGGUUUCAAAUUGAGAGUGAAUGGGUAGUUGACGAUUGGGACGAAGUUGAAGGUCUGAUUGCAAAAUCUGAAACUCCUACAGUCCCAGUUGCAUUUGCUCAAAUCCUCCUGGCAAUGCGAUCCGGUGACACACGUUCAAUUUCCGACGUACUUUCUAAUGCGCGCAAAGUUGCGGGAGCCCCUCUUACUUCGGCGGGUACAAAGGGAUACAAGCGGGUUUACGAUGCUAUUCUGGAUCUUCAUUUAAUGCAUGAGCUUGACAUGAUACAUCAGGCCAUCAAUGGAGAACCUCAGGAUGAAAACUUCGAUGGCAGAUUGCAGACCCUUCACCGACGUCUGUUGUCUCGAAUGGAAUCGACUCUGCCGGCGUUUCGAGUACGGGAAGCAGUCCUCGGUCUUCACCGGACUGCUUUCAGUUUCGCCCCCAACGUACCAUCAUUGAGAGACACAGUGAAUCAGUCGUGGUUACUGAGCGCCAAGCUCGCGAGGAAGAGUGGCUAUUGGCAAACGGCAUACAGCGCCACCUUGCAAGCCCAGCAGAACGAAGUGCCAUUCUCGUUCAUAGAGAGCGCUAAACUCACCAAGUCCAAUGGCGAGCCUGUUCGUGCACUGCAGGAGCUGGAAGCGUCCAUACAGCUUUCUGACCAAUUCAAGACUCAGUCUGAUUCAAUCAUCGACCUCACGAAGGAAUCCACUGUAGACGACCCAUCUUCGGACCCUGACUUCAAAUUGAGAGCGAAGGCAUAUGCGUUGAGGGCCAGAUGGAUGCACGAGUCUGAUCGAUUUGAGUCCUCACGUGUACUGAAAGCUUUCCAACUGACGACAGAACAAUGGAAAGACUGGGAAAGUGGCUGGUUCCAUCUGGGUCAAUUCCAGGAUGACUGCUUUAGGGCUUUGUCCCCCGAGGAGCAACCCGUAAGGGGAACGCGGAUGAACUUGCAGACAGUAAAAUGCUACUCAAAAGCGAUGAAAUUCGGUUCAAAGUACAUCUACCAGACUGUUCCUCGCCUGUUGACAUUGUGGCUGGAUAUGGCGGUUGAAGUGAAACCUGCAGACAUAGACAUUUUCAAGAAAACGAACAACGAAGUCGCAAAGACAGUGAAGAGCGUCCCUGUGUGGAAGUGGUAUACCGCCUUCCCUCAGAUCGUAUCUCGAGUAGAACACCCCAAUUCGGAUGCGUAUGCAGUUCUAUCGAAAUUGAUACAUCUCGUCAUUCAGGAGUAUCCGAAACAAGCUUUAUGGCUCUUUGCCUCCGUCUUGCAGUCGAAACGUGCAGUGCGAAAGUCAAGGGGCCAGGUUGUCAUGGACAAACUGAGGGCUAGUGAACGACCAGGCGUAUCAAACCUAAUCGAAGCAAUUACGACCAUGACCGAGCAGCUUUUAGCUCUUUGUUCAUACGGAGUGCAGGCAGAAACGCGCUCGUUGAGCCUCAAGAAGCACCUUCCCACGUUCCAUUCUAUGGCUCCUUCAUCACUCUUAGUUCCUCUACAAGAGUCGCUCAUAGCAACUGUACCCCCUGCCUCUUCGUCUGAUGCCCAACAUCAACCGUUCCCGAAUAACUAUCCGACCAUCACAAGCUUCCAUGACGAGGUUGACGUCAUGAGUUCUCUCGCAAAACCUCGCAAAAUUACUUUGGUCGGAAGUGAUGGCAAGACGUAUCCAUUCCUUGGAAAGCCGCAAGACGAUUUGCGCAAAGAUGCUCGUUUAAUGGAUUUCUACGCUAUCAUCAACAAACUCCUCAAAUCCAACUCUGAGUCCCGGCGUCGCCGACUUCGUAUCCGUACAUACGGCGUCGUCACGCUCAACGAGCGAUGUGGCUUUAUUCAAUGGGUGCCAAACACAAUUCCUAUCCGCCCGAUUCUCCUAAAACUCUAUGACAACCAUAAAAUCCCUCACUGGUCUGGCGAAAUGGCCGCCGUUGCUGAGAAGAUCAAAGUUUCCAACGAGAAAGACGCAGCGCGGUUGUUUACAGAGAAGUUCCUCGCUGUAUUCCCGCCUGUAUUCCACGAGUGGUUUAUAGAGACAUUCUCGGAACCUGCUGUGUGGCUUGCGAGUCGACUGGCGUACGGCCGUACUGCUGCAGUCAUGUCAAUGGUUGGAUUUAUCAUUGGGCUCGGUGAUCGACAUUGUGAGAAUAUCCUCAUGGACCUUCACAAUGGUGAUGUGAUCCACGUCGAUUUCAAUUGCUUAUUUGAAAAGGGCAAGCAAUUGGAAAUUCCGGAACGAAUACCCUUCAGAUUGACCCAGAACUUGGUCGACGGCCUUGGUGUCACUGGAGUGGAAGGUGUUUUCCGCAAGGCAUGUGAAGUCACCAUGCAGAUCCUGCGAGACAACAAGGAUUCUCUGAUCACCGUACUUGACGCAUUCAUUCACGAUCCUCUCGUCGAGUGGGAAGAAGAAAAGAAACGGAUUGAAAACGCUCUCAGGCGGAAAUGGCGCAUCGAGCAUUCGAAGGAUCCCAACACGCCGGAACCUAAGCCUGUCGAGAUGAAGACCAUCGGCAAGAGAUUGUUAGCUCCUAUAGAUAAGAAGUUCAAGGGUAUAUAUUCUACGGGUAAGGAUCGCGCGGAGAGGGAGUUGUCUACGACUGGCUUGGUGCAAAUUCUGAUUCAGGAGGCUACUGACGUUCAUAACUUGGGGAGAAUGUACUCCGGAUGGACGCCAUGGCACUGACGUCUCCUUGUUGCUUAUUUUUUUUCAGGGCCUUUUUCUCAUGGCUAUGUAUCAGUAUUGUUUCCUCAUGAUAUCCCAGAUGUAUUAUACCAACGUACAAUCGUGCUAAUGUACAAACCACAGUAAUCAUACA